AAAAUCCUUUAAAUAUUUUAGGGAAUUGAGCUCUUUUACUUAUGAACUGUAACAUUUCUAUUGAGUUGUUGAUGUCAUUACGUAGGCAGUGAACUUGUGUGUUAGUCACCAUAUACACCGGUUCCUAAUUCAUUUCACAAUUAAAUAUUCGAUUAGUGCAUCAUAGCAGGCUGGAAGACCAAUUCUUUACGACGACAGCGUGAAAUUUCAGAAACUCAUCAAAAUGACGAUAACGCUAGAAGGGGACACACUUGGCAAGAAACAUGAACACUACAACAAACUUGUUCAAGACGCUGUGACCAAACAGAAUUAUGUAUUAAAUGAAAUUAAACACGAAGACAGUGAUUUGGACAACCUAUUUAAAAUUGACCUCGCUUGCAAAACCAGGCACGUAGAUUUUAUAAUCGAAGUGUUGAAGUCUAAUGACAUGCUGUAUGUGUCAAGAGCUAUAAAGAAAUCGCCGUGGCUGAUCACAGAUCCUCAGUAUGCACACAUUAUUAAUCCUGAGUAUCUUCAUUCACAACUCUUUCCAAGCAUGCAAACAAAAGCAAUAAGUAAACUGAUGCUUAACAUACGACUUAAACUAAAGGACACAAGAAGGGUUGAGGCUUUUUACGAGUAUCUAAAAGAAUCAAAGGAAGCGUACAAGUGGCUGCAAAAUUGCUCCUUGCCUUUCAUUGAAGUCGUCUUAAAAAAUAACCGCAAUAUUCCACGGAAUUUAUUUAAACGACUGUGCCGAAAGUCAAGCUCAUUUAUUUCGUAUCAUGAAAAUGUAGCAGAUGUUUUCUCCCUAAAAACUACAUUAGAUGAAUGUAUGUUCUUGUUAAGGUCCCACACUACAGAAUUUUUAGAUGUAGUGGAGAAGAAGUAUUUGGAUCAAAGUGAUUAUUACUGCAGAAUGUCUCCAAUGGGACGAAGGCGAACAGAGAUCUUGAUGAAAAAAUGUAGACAAAGAAUUUUGGAUAAGUUCCCCUUUUAUGUGGGAAAUAUCGACCUUGCAGUCGUAGCCAAACAUUUGGACAAAUCUGGUAUCAAAGCUUUUCUCGAUGAACAAAGUAAAAAUGAUAAAGUAAAACGGUAUUUGAAAACCUAUGCAAAUUUAAAGCCUUUUAUAAAUAAUAUGCCAAAAGAUGAAAGAUAUCAGUUUAUAAAGCUAACGUUUAUAGACAAAGCAAAUGAACAACCGUAUCACAAGGUAGAGUGCAGCUUAGCAGAUGAUGUAAAUACUUCUUUUUCCUGCAACGUCGAGUCAUACCAUUGGUACAUACACGCUCCAUAUAGCGAAGCUUUCAAUAAUUUGGUAAAGUUAAUGCGAGCUGAAUCUUCGCCUUUAGAACGAUGUCUAAUACUUUCGGUAUUAACUCAGUGUGCAAGAAAUAGCCCACAGAACAUAAAAUCGUUGCUUGAAUACUAUUAUGAAAAACAUAUCAAUGAACCUUUCAAAUUCAAAAUUCAAUUCGUCUACAAUGUACUCAAACAUAUAUCUAGUUACAAUUUCAACGAAGAAAGCUGGAAUAUAUUAGAACAGAUUUUCCACAGUAUGGAAGUAUACACUGAAUCGGAAAAUAACGUACAAACCUGUCUUAAAGCCAUCAUCAUACACAAGGUGACACAAGACGCAGAGGUGCCGGAAAUAGUGGAAAGAAAGUUUCAAUUUGAUACUUUCAUAAAAAGCUGCGGCAAGCUGAAUCAGAAAGAUAAAGAUAAAUUGUUCUCCUAUCUCUUAAAGUUUGUUUCAGGAAAAAUCCAAAACCAGAUCAUUGAAAAUGAAUGGAAUUUGAACGACAUGGUCUGUCAUAUCAAUAACGCUUUGAGUUUACUGAUAGAUUGGAAGCGAGAUAUUAAUGACUAUCCCUUCAUUUUAGACCACAUUAAAAAACUAGCUAGCAUUAAAAAGGAUAAGUUGUGGAAUACAGAUUUGUCCAGUGUUUAUAACAAGAAGAAAUCAUGGCGAAGGUAUAUGUUUGAUGACUCUUUCACAUUUUUAGUCAACGAAGAAGUAUGUUUAAACGCGCUUAAACACAAUGCACAGCUACUGGAUAGUUACGAUAACGAAUUAGAGGUGUUACGAACCAACGACAAAGUUACGCUACGAAGACUUCUCGCCAAGAUUCGAGUUUACUGGCCCCAAACCUUGGCGCAGCAAUGGACCGACGCGUACUUGCUUAAUCUUGACAACGCUACGGGACAGAAAGCUGCGAUUAAAGGUCUUUUCAUGCUAAUGUCACAAAAACAAGUGAUAGACAUGGCAGAAAAACAUAAACCAGAAGAUUUUAAGAUAAAGUGGGGCGAAAUCAACCCAACUGAUAUUAACCUACGCAAAUAUGUUGCUCAAAAUUUGCAUCUAGCCAGACCGCUUGUUCCUCUUGAAACUGUGAUGUGGUAUGCUAAACAGGAUUACUUGCAAUAUGCUGUACCAUCAAUAAAUUCGGUAAUGUCCUGCAUGAGCAAUGACCUUAGUCGUGAUUGUUUGGUGACGUUAUUAGAAGCACCGGUAUCUUUACAGAAGUAUGGAAUCCGUUUCGCCUUUCUUAAACUGCAACCGCACGAAAUAAAACCAAUAUAUGCAAAUAUAUGGCAAUCUACUAAAAAUGUGUCAAUUCGAUCGGUACUAUUUACGCAAACAUAUAAUGUUCUGUGUAAGACGAAAAAUAAAUCUGUGGAGCGAGAACUUUGGGAACUGUUAAGUAUGUUUAUAGAUAAUUUGUCGUCAGAUGACAAUAAACAGAUAUUUAACAAACUAUCGAAACUCAAAGAACUGCCUCUUGAUAUACAAGCACAUUUUUUUAUGAAGUCUUACAAUUUUCUGACGUUACUGCCCGAAAAAGCUAAUGCUCAAACGUAUGUUGACAGGUUAUUAGACUAUGCACCAAAAAUAAUAGAAUUGCUCGAUGAAGAUUUCGUCGUAGAAAAAGUGUUGUCACCAAUAAACACAAAGAUUUUAUCUACUAAAAGCGAUCGCAGCAAUGCUAUUUCAUUUCUUGCAAUUUUCGUAUUAGGCAGUAAAAAUGAAGAUGUCCAGUUACGAAGGUACAAGAGAGUGCUGUUACCAACAAUGGAACUUGCUUUUUCAUCUUGGGAUUACAUCAAAGACCGGGAAUAUAUUUUCAAAAACAAGUUUAAAAGUCUCGUAAGAAGCUUGACUUGGAAUUUCAUAAAACUGGUAUCUCUUAAUAAAAGUGCACCGCCAGCCCAAUUAUUUACACUGAUACAAAAACUUAUGGAAGAGAAAUUAGUAAUACACAAGAACUAUACAUUAUACACCAGUUGGAAACUGACUACGGAAUAUGUAAAGCUAAUUGACGAAAACAAAUCAUUGUUAAGUGUAUUUGAGCCCUUCGCAAAUUCAAACAUCAAAGUCGACACCUGGUUACCAGACGAACUGACAAGUCUAUGGAACGAUAUAAAUAGUAAAAUAUCACCAAAAUUAGGUUUGAAAUUUCUUGAGCAUUUAAAGAAAGAUACCGAGACAUACUUUCCAACAAUACAAUUGCGUUUUGGUCAUGCCAUGUAUAAAACAUUUCAAGAUCUGCAACAUGGAGAUACAUUUACAGCUGAGACCUUGAGUCACAUGCUUGACUUUGAUUUCGUUCCCAGUUACAUAGUAGUCAGUGAAGUGAUGCCAAAAUAUGGCUCAAAUCAGAUUAAGGAGAUCGUGGCACGAAUACGUGAAAAACUUGAAUCACAUCCAUCCAAGGAAGUGCAGAUACAUUAUAAUUUAGAUUAUGAAGAUUUGCCUUGGCCUGACAAUGAAUUAUAAAAAUGGAACUUGGGCUUUUGCUUCACAGGCCUCCUACUACAUCUUAAGUAAGAAUGUUGCAGAAACUGUUGUGAAAACUCUACCAGGAGUAACGCAGCAACGGUAAUCUCUUACUACUGCAACAAUAAUUCUAUAAGAGGUAGUCUAGUCUCUCUUGUAGAACAGGAUUGUAUAUUUAAAUAUGUUAUCAAUAUUCAACCUUUAUAAAAUAUUCAACUUAUUUUUGUAAAAAGACAAGUUAAUACUUUAAUUUAUAGUUUUAAUCCGGUUAUGAUCUGUUUUCAUCCGAACGUCUAUUCUACACUUGGAUUGAUGUAAAUGAAUUAUUUCAUGAUCUACCAUAUAACAUUAAAGUGAACAUUGACUUUCACAAUCACGAGUAAAAGAUUUAACGAUUGCUGAUUUUAUUCACUUUACAUUUUUAAACAGUAAGCCCAAUUUAUUUAAUUAGUUACUUACAUACUCAUAAUAAUUGAUUUGAUGUUGAUCCAAGAGGUUUGAGUUUGGUAGUUAGUGAUCGUGACUACAAUGCCAGAGGUGGUUGGUUCGGUUUCCCACACAGGACAGAUGCUUCUGUAAGGAGCGCGAUCAUCUGUUCUGCAUCUGGGUGUAAUUUAUUUUAUGUAUUAAGAUAAGUUUGUUUAUCAGAUGUCUAGUACUUACUCAAAAACCAAGCUUACCAUUUAUAUUAAAUGACACACCUGCACAUGCAUUUUACUACACUUUUAAUAAACAUAUUAAUAUAC